AAUUUAAAAAACCCCACAAAUAGUUAGGGUUUGAAACAUUGAAAUUGAGCUCACAUCCGCCUCCCCUUGCUUGCUUCCCAUUCCUACCGGCGCCUCCCUUGCCUCCCACCGGCACCGGCGCCACUGCCUCCCCCUUGGUGCUCUGCCAGUCAGCCUGCACUCCGCCGAGUCGCCGACGCUCUCCCAGUCCCAGGUCCGCCGCUGGCCCGCUGCAUUUGCCAUCACCGACAGCCGCCCACCACCCCAGCUGCCAUCACCUCGUUCACCGCACUCCGCCGGCGCCACUCUCUCUGCCUUGUUCUUCUUCUCGGCGAUAACUCACUCCGCCGCUAGCGACCAGCGUCGCCCCCUCCACAGCGUCGCUGCUGUGCAUUCAGGUGAAACAAAAUGUCACACACAUUGCUUCAUGGGACUUUACAUGUAACAAUCUUUGAAGUGGAUAGGCUGGCUGCAAGUGAUGGUGGUGGGAAUUUCUUAGGCAAGCUGGUGGAGAACAUCGGCGAAUCCGUGGGUCUAGGCAAAGGAACCCCCAAAAUCUACGCAACCGUAGAUCUAGAAAAGGCGAGAGUGGGGCGAACACGACUGAUCGACAAGACCAACAACAAGCUCAACUGGUCUGAAUCCUUCCACAUUUACUGCGCCCACAUGGCGUCCAAUGUCAUCUUCACCGUCAAAGACGCCAACCCCAUCGGGGCGACCCUCAUCGGCCGUGCCUAUGUCCCCGUCAGUGACCUCCUCGAAGGCGACGAGGUUGACCGUUGGGAGGAGAUCCUCGACGAGGAGCGCAACCCCAUCAGCUCCGCCUCCAAGAUCCACGUGAAGCUCCAGUUCUUCGAUGUCACCCGCGAUCGCAACUGGGGCCGCGGCAUCAAAAGCACCAAGUACCCAGGCGUCCCCUACACCUUCUUCGGCCAGCGUACUGGUUGUCGCGUCUCGCUCUUCCAGGACGCCCACAUCCCCGACGGCUUCAUCCCCAAGAUCGCCCUCUCCGGAGGAAGAAACUACGAGCCACAUCGAUGUUGGGAGGAUGCAUUCGACGCUUUAACCAAUGCUAAGCACUUGAUCUACAUCACUGGUUGGUCUGUUUACACUGAGAUCUCGCUUAUCAGGGACUCCAGGAGGGAGAAGUCAGGGGGUGACUCCACCCUCGGGGAGUUGCUCAAGAAGAAGGCCAAUGAGGGGGUCAGGGUGUUGAUGCUGGUUUGGGACGAUCGGACUUCUGUCGGCGUUCUCAAGAAGGAUGGUCUGAUGGCAACUCACGACGAAGAGACCAUGCAGUUUUUUGAAGGAACUCAUGUUCAUUGUGUUUUGUGCCCUAGAAAUCCUGACGAUGGCGGAAGCAUCGUGCAGAAUUUGCAGGUCUCGACUAUGUUCACUCAUCAUCAGAAGAUAAUUGUGGUGGACACCGAUAUGCCUAAUGGUCGCGGUUCGGAUGAUCGGCGGCGAAUCAUGAGCUUUGUGGGCGGGAUUGAUCUGUGUGACGGGCGGUAUGACACGCCAUUCCAUUCCCUUUUUAGGACGCUGGACUCGGCGCACCACGACGACUUUCACCAGCCCAAUUUUCCCGGGGCCGCUAUCACCAAGGGCGGGCCCAGGGAACCGUGGCACGACAUCCACUCACGCGUGGAAGGCCCCAUCGCAUGGGAUGUCAUGUUCAACUUCGAGCAGAGGUGGAAGAAGCAAGGCGGGAAGGACGUGUUGCUCAAGAUCAGGGAGGAGUUGGAGAACGUCAUCAGCCCGCCGUCUCCGGUUAUGUACCCUGACGACCAGGAGACGUGGAACGUUCAGCUUUUCAGGUCGAUAGAUGGUGGGGCCGCCUUCGGGUUCCCCGAGAGCCCCGAGGAGGCGGCUAACGCCGGUCUAGUAAGUGGCAAGGAGAACAUAGUAGAUCGAAGCAUUCAAGAUGCCUACAUUCAUGCUAUACGGAGAGCUAAGAACUUCAUUUACAUCGAGAAUCAAUACUUUCUCGGAUCCAGCUUCGGAUGGGGGAGCGACGACAUCACCAUCGCAGAGAUCGGAGCUCUGCACCUUAUACCUAAGGAGCUGUCGUUGAAGGUUUGCAACAAGAUUGAAGCAGGAGAGAAGUUCAAAAUCUAUGUGGUUGUACCAAUGUGGCCGGAGGGAAUUCCUGAGAGUGGAUCAGUGCAAGCUAUCUUAGAUUGGCAGAGACGAACGAUGGAAAUGAUGUAUAAAGACAUUAUUAAAGCCCUUCAAGAUAAGGGUAUGGAUGAUGAUCCCAGGAAUUACUUGACCUUCUUCUGCCUUGGUAAUAGGGAGACGAAGAAGAGUGGCGAAUACGAGCCAUCGGAGCAGCCGGAGCCUGACUCAGAUUACAUCCGAGCUCAGGAGGCUCGAAGAUUCAUGAUAUACGUGCAUUCAAAGAUGAUGAUCGUUGAUGAUGAGUACAUUAUAGUUGGGUCGGCCAACAUCAACCAACGAUCGAUGGACGGAACGAGGGACUCAGAGAUAGCAAUUGGAGCAUACCAACCGCACCAUUUGUGUUCGAAGACAAAGCCGGCUAGGGGUGAAGUCCACGGCUUUCGGAUGGCGUUGUGGUACGAGCAUUUAGGGAUGCUAGACGACGUGUUCCUCCAACCUCAGGGCGAGGAAUGUGUGAGGAAGGUGAAUGAUUUGGCCGAUAAAUAUUGGGAACUCUAUGCUAGUGAGGAGCUCCGGAGGGACCUUCCGGGGCAUUUGCUCCGAUACCCUAUCGCCGUCAGCAGCGAAGGCGUGGUCACGGAGCUUCCCGGCCAAGACUGCUUCCCCGACACCAAGGCUAAAUUGCUCGGUCUUAAGUCGGACUACCUCCCUCCCAUCCUCACUACCUAAUUAACGUGUCACAUUGUUUCCAAACUCAAUAAAAUUAGAGCCAUGAGUUGAAUAAUAUAUGAGACUUCACUAUUGCGGCUACUAUAAUUGGUGGUAUUUUUAAGUUUGUAUUCUUCAUCUGGUCUUGGAUGAUUCUCUAUUGAUUAUUUUUGUGUAUACCUUUCUUUAUUGGUUUGCAAUGCACAAAUAGAUCUUGUAGAUAAUGGAUAAUGUAAUCAGUGUAUCUUUCAAAAAUUAAUUGUCACUUUUAUAUUGGCUCAA